CUGAACCUUUGGAUCAUACGGCCAGACCUGGUUGCCGGAGAAUCGGCGGCGUUUCCGCCAGAGUUCCAGGAGAAGGCCGGCGAGAUCGGGUUUAUCUCAGACGGCGACCAAGGUAGUCAGAACAACAGCCGGAGUAAUGCCACCGCCGCCAGCUACUACGACGUCGUCCUGGCUCGCCGUCAGGGUGAGAAGCCCAGAUUACAGCUGCCGGCGGCAGUUUUCAUCCUCGUCCUCGAUAACAUGGUCUCCCCGCACCAUAGUUAG